UUUUAAAUAAAUAUGUAAACAUAUAUAGCAGGGGAAAAACCAAGAAACAACCAGAAUGUUCAUAAAAUGAUGAUCAGGGUUUGGAUGAAUUUGUGGUGGUGUUCACGGUAACAGUUGUUGGGUAGAAACAGUUCUUUAGUCUGGUUGUUCUUGCCGUUGUUGCCCUGAAACACCUCCCUCAGGAUAAAAUGCAAUAUAAUUUCGUUUUUGUACCGUCAUAACGACAGUUUCCCAUAAAAGAAAAUGCAUCGUUUAAAUUUUAUUACAGAAUUUUUUGGUUCCUUUUCCUAACUUCAAGUGGCUGCAACUAAGGCCUCCGGCCUCCAGAUGGCGACAUUGUGCGUCUCUCAAGGAUGCUGGUGACGUGAUGACGUUUGAAGCGGAAGCAGCGGAAGUUGGGUCUGUGCUCUGUAAUAUGAAGAUAAACAAGCUGAAAUCUUAACUUAGGGCAAAAAGCGAGGGUUUAAAACCGGAGUAGACAUGAAGACGGUGUUCGUUACCGUCGGAAGCACGCGCUUUGAUGAGCUGAUCGAAAGCGUCACUUCCUCUGAGGCCACACAGGUGCUGAAGUUUCGGGGAUAUGAGCGUCUGGUUCUUCAGGUCGGAAAAGGAUCUUUGCUUCCAGAUGCCGACAGCUGUGCUCACCUCAGCGUGGAGGCUUUUCGCUUCAAAGACUCAAUAGCAGAAGACAUGAAGCAAGCUGAUCUUGUCAUCAGCCAUGCAGGAGCAGGAAGUUGUCUGGAGGCUCUCGGUGCCGGAAAACCUCUGCUAGUUGUGGUCAAUGACAAACUGAUGGACAACCACCAGCUGGAGCUGGCCCGGCAGCUGCACAUGGACCACCACCUGCUGUACUGCACAUGUAGCACUCUGACAGAAACGCUGAAGAACAUGGACCUCUCUGUUCUGCAACCGUUCCCACCUGGACAGCCGAAGAACUUUGCAAACUUUUUAGACAAAGCCCUCGGAGUGAAAUGACGUUUUAACUCCACAACGCUGCGGAUUAUGUUACACAUGAAAGUGCUGACUCUACAUUGUGAAGGAUCAUGACUUUAUAAUGUUACAGGUGUGUUUUUUUUAUUAUAUAUAUAUAUAUAUAUAUAUAUAUAUAUAUAUAUAUAUAUAUCUGUCAUCCUAUGAAUGUUCAGCCUUUUAAUAUUUCCAUUUUAAAAUGACUUUACAGUUAAAUACUUCCUCAGCCUGAGGGCUUAUGACAAAGCUUUGCAGAAACUGUUAAGUUACUGUUAAGUAACUGUUAAGUAAAGCAUUAAAUCGAAUGUAAAAUCACCAUCAGUAAGGUGACUGAACUUCUAAAUCUUUAUGCAGUUCCUGCAUUUUGUCAUUGAGUUUGACCGCUGCAGCCGAGUUCAUAAACAAAGAAGGUCAGAACUAAUGAUAACGCUCAGUUUUAGACUAAAUAACCUCUUAUAUCCUUUUUGUUAAAUGUUCAAAUUACAUUGCUUGAUGGUAAAGUGACGAGCAUUUUACUUGCUUUGGGAGAAAGGGUAUCUUCACAAAUAUUUUACUUUGAAGACUUCAGGAAAUAUUUUCGUAAUUAAAUUUUUCCACUAGAUAGAAAUCUAUCUUUGCUUGCAGGUCAGCUCUUUUGCAUUAAUCUGAUUUGUUUGUUGCAUCAGAAACUUUGUAAUCAAAGUUGAUCACAGUGAACAAGUCGAAUAUUAUAUAAAGUGCUAUUUGGAUCAUCUAAACUACACAGUGCACUUCUUUAUGAAUGUCAAUGAACUAAAAAACUGUCUUGACAAAAACUAUGUUUGGUACUAAUAAAGCCUCACACACCAGUGUCUUCCCUCUGAUACCCCUAAAUAAAAUGUCGAGCAACCAACAGCCUUCCAAAAUCAUCUAAUCAGUAAAUAAAACCUGAGUGUUUGCAACUUAAUCUCUGCAUAAAUUCA